AUGCCUAAAAGAAAAUCAAGAUCAGAAGAGGAGCGUUGGAUGAAGAAAAUUAGGAAAUAUGAAGCAAAAUUAAGACGCAAUUCUUCACGAAUAACUUAUUCAAGUGAUGAGGAGUUUUUACAAGAUGAACCGCCGCCGCCUCCGCAAAAUCUACAAAACGCGGGGCUAGAUGAACAAUUGGGUGUAUCAGCCGAGGCCCCGGAGGAUCCUCCCGGACCACGGGAUCCGGAACCGGUACCUGGACCCUCGUCAGCGUCGCUUCCGGUGGAACCAGCGCCAGGAGCCUCGUCAGCACCGGAGCCGUUGGAACCUGUCGUGCAAGCCGAGGCUACCCCUGCACCAGAACAGAUCGAACCCGAGCUGAUCGAUCCGGAGUUACUUCAGGCUUUAGGCCCCUUCGAGUUCGACUUCUCAUUUAAGCUGGAGGGGCCCACCGCCCUGUUAUUUUCAGCGCAAUGCAAGAACGCCGCUGAACCGCAGCGGUUGGCCGCGAGCCGCCCCGCCCCCGCAGAUGUCGGCGCCGCCAUCGACCACGUCGCGCGCGGCGCCCGCGCCGCGUUAUCCCCAUUACACGGCGCUCGCAUUGCGCCGACGCUAGACGUCGAGAGAGAUUCAUCCAAUACAUCAACGCCUUUCCCUGGCUGCAAGUAA